AUGUCCACCCCCCUGGAGCAGGCGUUGGCUGUGAUGGUCACUACCUUCCACAAGUACUCUGGCCAAGAGGGCGACAAGUUCAAGCUGAGUAAGAAGGAGAUGAAGGAGCUUCUGCUAAACGAGCUGCCCAGCUUUGUAGGGGAGAAGGUGGAUGAAGAAGGCCUGAAGAAGCUCAUGGGAGACCUGGAUGACAACAGUGACCAGGAGGUAGACUUCCAGGAGUAUGGUAUUUUUCUGGCCCUGGUCACUAUUAUGUGCAACGACUUCUUCCAGGACUACGCAAACCGGUCCUGAAGCAGAGAUCUCGGCUCCCUGCCAUGGGUCUCUUUGACCCAGGAGGACUUUCUGUUCUUUUUAGU